AUGCCACUAAACCCAAUUCUAGAAGUUGAGAUUUUUGAUGUAUGGGGAAUAGACUUCAUGGGACCUUUCAAACCCUCUUCAAACGGGCACAACUACAUUUUGGUUGCUGUAGACUAUGUAUCCAAAUGGAUUGAAGCCAUUCCCUGCCCAACCUGUGACGCCAAGGUGGUUAUCAAGCUUUUCAGAACCAUCAUCUUUCCGAGGUUCGGCAUCCCAAGGGUUGUUAUUUCAGAUGGAGGCUCCCAUUUCAUCAACAAGGUGUUUGAAAAGUUGAUGAGAAGCCAUGGAGUCAAACACAAGGUCGCCACGCCUUAUCACCCUCAAACCAGUGGGCAAGUUGAAGUCUCCAACAGACAGAUCAAGGCCAUAUUGGAGAAGACUGUGAGCUUCACUAGGAAAGACUGGGCAGCAAGGCUUGAUGAGGCACUUUGGGCUUAUAGACAGCCUACAAAACCCCCAUUGGAAGCACAAGAAAGGAGGGUAAUGAACUUGUUUGAGCUGGAGGAGAUAAGAAUGAAUGCCUAUGAGAACUCUAGGAUUUACAAGAUGAGAACCAAGGCAGCCCACGACAAACUGAUUCGCCUUAAGGACUUCAAGGUUGGGGACAGUGUGCUCUUGUAUAACUCCAAGCUAAGGUUGUUUCCCGGGAAGCUGAGGUCAAAGUGGGCGGGACCAUUCAAGAUUCACGAAGUUCUACCCUAUGGGUCCCUCACUUUGCUCAAUCAAGAGGGGAAGGAAUUCACAGUGAAAUGGACAUAG